AUGACCAAAUUUCCUCGAAGCCGAAGUCGCAUCUCAACCUUUUGUUACUCCUGUUGUUACUCCGGCCAUGACCAUGAAAUGGGUAUUGUGCUGAACGCUCUGCCAAUCAUUCCAACGCCUCUGUGUACCCGAAUGAAUACAACGCCAACACCAUGCUUGAUUGAUUCCUCAUAUCGCCAGUACAUUCCCGUCAUGCGUGGCAGCAAAGGGGUGCAUAGUGCUUCCUCGAAGCAUUUGGGUGUCCUGAGUCUCGUUCGCGCUUCGACUCGAUUGCAGGAGGAACAAAAGGUAAAAGGACCGCGGAGGUUAUUAGAGUCCCAGCGACGGCCGAUUGUAAUCUGGUAG